AUGCCAGUUACUAUACGUCGGGCGAGAAUUGGGGAUCUACAAGGUAUGCAAAAUGCCAAUUUGCAUAAUUUACCGGAGAACUAUACAAUGAAAUACUAUUUGUACCAUUUGCUGUCGUGGCCAGAGGCGUCCUUUGUUGCUGUGUCGACGGAUGACAUGGAGGAGAAUUUUGAGCAAAAGGGCGACAUCCAAUACGUGGCGCCGGGGGAGAAGAUCGUUGGGUAUGUGUUAGGCAAGAUGGCUGACGACGACACGGACGCCGAUGCCGACAAGACUCCACAUGGACACAUCACGUCGUUGUCUGUUAUGAGGAGUUACAGACGGACGGGGUUGGCUGAGAAGUUGAUGAGGGAAUGCCUCUAUGCCAUCUGCGAGAGUUUUGGCGGUGAGUAUGUUUCGUUGCAUGUCCGUGAAAGCAAUAGAGCGGCUCUGCAUUUAUACAGAGACACUUUAGAGUUCACCGUCUUGUCUGUGGAGAAGGGGUACUACCAAGACGGGGAAGAUGCAUACUAUAUGCGCAAGGACCUCAAGUUGGAUGAGCUAGUACCGAGCAAGUUCCAAAAGGGCCAAGUGGACGACUUGCAGACGCCAUUGGUAUAG